AUGGCGGAUCAAGAAGAAGAGGACUUGAGAAUGGCUCUUAGAAUGAGCAUGCAAAACUCGCCACCUGAACCCAAGCGGAGCAAGCCGAGGGACGCUGGAACUCCUGCGGCGUCACCGGAGGAGUCGAGGCGGAUGCAGCGUGAGAAAAUGGCAGCAGCCGCUGAGAAGCGGAUGCUCGCGACGAGAAUUGCCUCCCCUUCUCCUUCCUUGUCACCUUCGCCUUCUCCGUCACCUUCGAAAGCAACGGUUGAGAGAAGUCCUGGUAAAAGUGCUGAUUUUGUUAGAAAAGAGGUGGAUUUUGGUGUGAAGGAGGGGAAUUCGGGAGAGCAAUUAUCGAGUGAAGAAGCUAAUGAGUUGUUUUCCAUGGUAUUUGGGAGCGGUGUUUCUAAGGACAUCCUUGCUCAGUGGAGUAAUCAGGGCAUAAGGUUUAGUCCUGAUCCAGAAACAUCUAUGGGCCUAGUGCAGCAUGAAGGUGGGCCCUGUGGCGUCUUAGCAACUAUACAAGCAUUUGUUCUCAAAUACCUUCUUUUCUUUCCAAAUGAAAUAGGCACAGUUACAUCAAAUGUGCCGCAAAAUUUGGGCUCUGGAAGAUUGUCUAAAAGUCAAUAUGUUGCACUGGAUAAUUUUGGUUCUCUUACCGAAGAAGCAAAAGCAAGGGUAAUGACUUCAUAUCUUAGAGCCCUGGUCAAAAGCAUGGGUGAAAUAUUGUUUAUGUGUGGAGAUAAUAAAAGAGCUGUGAUUGCCACUUUGAAUGUUGUUGGCCUUGGCACUGGGGGCUUUGCAGAGAACAAGACUGUUGCAAAAGCACUCGAGGGCCUUUCAAUUGAAUCUGCUUCUGAUUUGCAAAAAAUUCUAAGAAUCGACUCAUAUACGUCACAAGCAAGUGCAUUGCAGAAACUCCAUAUGGCACUUCCUGUUUUCCAAUCUCGUAUGGGGGCACUGCUGUUCCUUAUUUCUGCGUUACUGUCCCGAGGAUUGGACUCAAUUCAAGCUGACAGGGAUGAUCCCAGCCUUCCCCUAGUUACUGCACCUUUUGGGCAUGCUUCACAGGAAAUUGUGAACCUUCUGCUUUGUGGACAGGCUGUACCUAAUGUUUUUGACGGUAGGAUGGACUUUGGUGGAGGCAUGUUUCUAAAGGGUAUAUCGACAAGCGUGGAAGUUGGAUUUCUCACCCUAUUAGAAUCUCUCAAUUUUUGCAAGGUUGGCCAGCAUCUAAAAUGCCCCAAAUGGCCAAUAUGGGUUGUUGGGAGUGAAUCCCACUAUACAGUUAUAUUUGCUCUGAACACCACUGUUCAGGACGAGAAUGAGCUAGAAGAAAGAGAGUCACAGAUUCGAAGGGCAUUUGAUGCACAAGAUCAGAGCGGUGGCGGUGGCUUUAUCAGUGUCGAAGGCUUCCAUCAAGUACUUAGGGAAGCGGGUAUUAGGCUUCCAUCCGAGAAACUUGAUCACCUUUGCAGCACUGGCUUUAUUGUAUGGAGCGAGUUCUGGCAAGUUAUUUUGGAUUUAGACAAAAGUUUGGGAGGCCUUAAGGAUUCAAGCGGGUUGAUGGGUAAGAAGGUGUUUGAUCUUUACCAUUUUAAUGGGAUUGCAAAAUCUGAUUUAAAUGGAAGCCAUACAACAUCUGGGGGUGAAACACCAGUUCAGAGACCUAGGCUCACAAAACUGAGGGUUUCAGUUCCACCAAGGUGGACCCCUGAGGAAUUCAUGGCAGACGUGGUAGUGACUUCUGGCUCUGGUGGGAACGAAUCAAGUGGUAAAGACGCUGAGGUGACAAAACCUCAGCCUUCUCAGCAUGCACCAUUAGUGGACUGUAUUAGAACACGCUGGUCUCGUGCAGUUUGCAAUUGGGUGGGGGAUCCACCUAGUAUAGUGUGA